UGUUUCUGUUAGAUGCCAGAACUGUUUAUAGUCGUGGAUUUGUUGCAGGCCUAGUAGUAGGCGUGGCAGCGAAGGUGGAGGGGUGAGAUAGUACUAUGUUGGCGCGGCUGACUAGCGCGCUGUGUGGGUCAGGGGAAGCAGACCACGCCCCUUCCCCCACCACUGACCCUCCUCCCACCACAAAGCGUCAGUCACGUCUGUGGAGAUGGUUCCACCCCAACGUGACGGGACUGGAGGCCGAGAAGCUGCUGCAAGAGAGAGGGUUCGAUGGUUCGUUCCUAGCACGACCCAGUCGCAGCAACCCUGGCGAUUUUACACUCAGUGUCAGGCGGAACGGGGAAGUGACACACAUAAAGAUCCAGAACACGGGUGACUUCUACGACCUGUACGGGGGAGAGAAGUUUGCCACGUUGUCAGAGCUGGUGCAAUUCUACAUGGAGAACCAGGGACAGCUGAGGGAAAAGAACGGAGAAAUCAUAGAGCUGAGGUAUCCUCUGAACUGUGCCGACCCCACCACAGAGAGGUGGUUCCACGGACAUUUGUCGGGCAAGGAGGCUGAGAAGCUAAUACUGGAGAAAGGCAAGAACGGCAGUUUCCUGGUCCGCGAGUCUCAGAGCAAGCCCGGAGACUAUGUAUUGUCUGUCCGGACAGAUGACAAGGUCACCCAUGUUAUGAUCAGGUGUCAGGAUAAUAAGUACGACGUUGGAGGAGGAGAGAAGUUUGAUAGUUUGUCGGAACUCAUCGAGCACUACAAACGCAACCCGAUGGUGGAGACGAGCGGAACAGUGGUGCAUCUGAAGCAGCCCUUCAACGCCACGCGGAUCAACGCUAGCGGCAUCGACCAUAGGGUCAAGGAGCUGCAGAAAGAGAAUGCCCAGCUGACUGGAAAAGCAGGGUUCUGGGAAGAGUUUGAGUCGUUGCAACAACAGGAAUGUAAACACCUGCUGUCUCGCAAGGAGGGACAGAAACCUGAGAACAGGAACAAGAACAGAUACAAGAAUAUCCUUCCAUUUGACCAUACAAGAGUGAAGCUGAGAGAUGUCGAUCCUAACACUCCAGGGUCGGACUACAUCAACGCCAAUUACAUCAAGACGGAAGAGGACAGUGAGUGGCCUCAGAGAGUGUACCUCGCCACUCAGGGCUGUCUGCCAGCUACAACCCCUCACUUCUGGCAGAUGGUGGUCCAGGAGAACACCAGAGUCAUCGUCAUGACCACCAAGGAGAUGGAACGCGGCAAGAACAAAUGUGCGAGAUAUUGGCCAGAGGAAGGUGAGUCCAAGGAGUAUGACCAGGUGACAGUGAAGAACCUCUCACAAUCCUCCACGGCAGACUACACUCUGCGGGAGUUCCUGGUCACAUACCAGGAGGAAGACAGGGUCGUCUAUCACUACCACUUCCAGGCAUGGCCAGACCACGGUGUGCCAGCUGACCCAGGUUGUGUGUUGAACUUCCUGCACGAUGUCAACGCCAGACAGGAGAGUAUACCUGGCGCAGGCCCGGUGCUGGUCCACUGCAGCGCAGGCAUCGGUCGUACCGGGACGUUCAUCGUCAUAGACAUGAUCCUUGACCAGAUCAAGCGUCAGGGUCUAGACUGUGAGAUAGACAUCCAGAGGACCAUACAGAUGGUGAGGUCCCAGAGGUCAGGCAUGGUCCAGACAGAGGCACAGUACAAGUUUGUCUAUCUGGCUGUGCAACACUACAUACAGACUGUGUCUCAGCGGAUGCAAGCCGAACAAAGCCUUCAGCUGGGUCGUGAGUACACCAAUAUCAGGUACAGCAGUGAAGUGAGCGUUUCGCCGACCAUGACGUUGUCGCGCAGCACCACGUCACUUACAACGCCCGUCGCACACAGCUGUCGCGUGACGCAGCCCACGCGAGCUGCCAGUGACGUGCACCUGCCCAGACCGCCGGAAGACAUUCCUCGGCAAAUCUACGAGAACAUACCACUGAAGGAGCGCAAGCUGUCGGCAACAGGCUACAACAUCGGACCUCCACCGCCGAGCUUGGCGCCUCCCCCUCCACCUCCACGCAAGUCGUGACCCGUCGACCACCAACGUUGGUCGGGAUCAUAUUUACCUGUAAAUUGCGAGGGUUGUAAUUAUUGUUAAUCGUCGUGCUUCUAACCACCAAGCACCUUUAUGUAUAUAAAGAGAUACUAAUAUAUUUUUGCUCUGAAGAGCUGUGACGAUGUUAUAAAUGUUAUGUAAAUAACUGUUGACGCUUUUUUGUAUGCACUCGAAUCGUUGGUGAUAAAAUUUGUUUUGAUUCCAAACUCCGUAUUCCUGUUUUAUACUGUUUUUUAAGUAGCACUGUAAUGAUCAUUUUUAAUAUAUUUUUAUCUGUUUUUAACUUUUUGCACAAUAAUUUAUAUCGUUUAACACCGCUUAUGCUGGAGUCAAAUUGUGAAUGAAUACAAUUACAGGUGGAAUUUUAUUGAAGGGAACAACAUAACGGUUGUUCUAAAUAAUCUUUUGGAUUUCCUUGGGUGAGAGUGGAAUUGUAACUUGUGUAAAGACGUCUAGUUCCGGCUAGACUUUGUAUGAGUUCAUCCAAGUCAUUAUUUAUUAAACCAUCACAAAAUCAUAACCUGGCUUUUGUAUAUUCAUAUAAUACUUUGGUCAGUAUUGUUAUAUGUUGCAUAAUGAAAUUAUAUUAAUUUUAUUGCAAUUUUCAUAAAUGAAAGUGUAUGUUAUCUUACUUAUUGUAAUUAUUAAACACAUUCAUGGUU